AUGACCGCCUCGCCCAGCUGUGAAACGACACCACCCAAGCGAGAGGAGAAAGAGCCCCUGGAGACGUUUUACAUUCCCAUCAGCCGGGAUGUGCCCAAAUCCCUGGCUCAGCAACGUGGAACACCAGUGGGUACCAAGAAUGUGUUUAACGUCAGAUCCAAGGCUUCAGGAAACCCCACCACAAGUAACAAUAACAAAGCACCAUCACAGCUGCACACUUUAUCACAAUCACCUUACUGCGAAGGCUUCAGCCCAGUGUCUAAUAAACUCCCAGUGUCAGUGAAAAUCUCCCAGCAGCUGAGAAACGUGGAGGAGAGAGAGCGAGAGAGGGAGAGCGAGCGUGAGAGAGAGAGGGAAAGGGCCAACAGUAUAGAGGCAGACAGGCCCGUCCAGUUCAGCAGUGCCUCAGCUGAGCCCAAAAACUACCUCACCAUCCCCGUCAAGUCUCACAUCACCAGCGCCAAGCAAGCCGCUGUAUCCGCCGGCGGUGGCCAAGAGAAUACAGCCAUUUAUACCUUCACCGCCAUGGGCCCCAAGACCCAGACCCAGAUGGCCAGCCAACCUGGUCACGGCGGCGCCUGGAGGCAGGAAGAGACCCGACAGUCCCCACAGAAACCCUCCACCAUCAUCAUGGAGACGAGAGCCCAGGACACGAUCUACCACAUGCCCAUGGCUCAAAGCAUGGCAUCUGCCCAACUUCAGAUGUACUGCUUCUCCCUGACCAUGGCCCCACAAGCCGUGCCCCACACUCAGCGAAAGAUGCUCUUUGACCCCAGCACUGGGAACUACUACCUGGUGGACACCCCUGUCCGGCCGGCCACCCGCCACCUCUUCGACCCCGAGACGGGCCAGUACGUGGACGUGGACGUGCCCAUGUCCCAGCAGUCCCUGUCCCCCGUGCCCAUGUCCAUGCCCAUCUCGCCCUUUGCCCUGAGCCCCGGCUCCUACGGCCCCACCUACACAAUAUACCCAGGCUUCAUGACCACCAUUCCCGGCACGCCCACCCUGAUCCCCACAAGGAUGCAAUCGCAGCUCUCCAUGCCGUCGGAGCAGGAAGACUCUGGAGACAAAGGCAGUUCCUCCCAGCCAGACUACAUGGAGAGUCCCUACUACAUGGCCGUGGGGUCUGGAAAGUCUCCCCAGGCUGGAGGCUCCAGUAUGGGCCAGGUCCAGCAGCAGGGACGGCCAGGGGUCCAGGGCUUCUCCAAUGGGAAGCAGCCGGUGAUCAGCAUCACCUCCCAGCAGGGACCCUGCAUCAUCGCCCCGCCCUUCUUCGAUGGAACCACCAUGAGCUUUGUGGUGGAGCAUAGGUAAACGGCAGGACUUGUCACAUGAUAUGUAAGGGAUUUUAUUUGAGUAGUCUAUCGUAAACCGUACCAUGUUGUGCAUGUGCUUUUUAGGUUUUAUUUGCUUCCCAGCAAAACUAUUGACAGAGCAUAAAAGGAA